ACAGAAAGAGCGGACAGACAUGGCUCCUGCGAAGGGUCAACGCCGCCUCUCCCUGUGCCCAGGGCCUCCAGUGGCCACCAUCCCCUUCGGAGACCUGCUGGAGGAGGUUGGCAGCAUGGGCACCUUCCAGAUUUUCUCUGUCUUCUUCCUCUCACUCCCCGUCCUGUUCCUGGCCAGCCACAACCUGGUGCAGAACUUCAGCGCGGCCACUCCAGAACACCAGUGCAGGCCGGUGCAGCCGGGCAACCUCUCCCAGCACGAGAAUCUGGUCCUUCUCGGGCAGGACCUGAAGCCGGACAGUUGCCAGCGCUUCGCUGGGUGGUUGGCGCCCAACUCCAACGACACGGCGGGCAGGGAGGUAGGACUGGAGCCCUGCCUGGACGGGUGGCAGUAUGACCACAGCACUUUCACGUCCACCAUCGUGACGGAGUGGGACUUAGUCUGCAACCUGCAGCCUCUGAAGAGCUUGGCUCAAUCCCUCUUCAUGGCGGGGGUCCUGGUGGGGGCCUUCAUCUUGGGAGACCUCUCGGACAGAUUCGGACGCCGGCUGAUCCUUAUUUGGUCGCUGCUGAUGGUGGCCGCCAUGGGCACGGGGGCAGCCUUCUCCAACAGCUUCCUGACCUAUUGUGUCUUCCGCUUCCUGAGUGGGAUAGGCAUCUCUGGAUUCCUGCUGAAUUAUAUCUGUUUAGGUCUGGAGUGGGUGCCCACCAAGUACCGGGCGGUGGUAGUCUCCAUCCAGAGCUACUGCAGCACAGCUGGGCAGGUGUUGCUGGGAGGCUUGGCCUACGGCAUCCGUGACUGGCGCUGGCUGCAGCUGGCCAUCUCCGCCCCCUUCUUCGCCUUCUUCGCCUAUUCCUGGUGGCUUCCAGAAUCGGCCCGUUGGCUCCUCAUGAACAACGAAUGUGAGGCCGCCCUACGCAACCUGAAGCACGUAGCCAGGAUCAACGGGAAAGCUGCAGCGGGUGAAGCCGUAGUACUGGAGAUGCUGGAGACCCAAUCGGGGAGUAAUUCUCCAGGACGGGGCAAGCACUCUUGCUUGGACCUCUUCCGCACCCCUGGACUGAGACGCAUCAGCUGUUGUCUCAUGCUCAUCAGUUUCUCCAUAAACAUGGCCUAUUUUGGGCUCUCCAUGGACCUCUCCAUGUUUGGCCUGAACGUCUUCCUGGUGCAGCUCUUCUUCGGAGUGAUAGACCUGGUGGCCAAGAUGGUCUGUGCUCUGCUGCUCAGCUAUGUUGGCCGACGCAUCAUCCAAUCCGUUUCCCUCAUCCUUGCAGGAAUGUUCCUUUUGGUCAGUCUUCCUGUCCCUUCUGAUAUGUUGACGGUGCGUCUCGUCUUUGUGGUUCUGGGUAAAGGGUGCUUAGCAGCAUCUUCCAUGUGCCUCUACCUGUAUGGAGGGGAGCUCUUCCCAACGGUGAUCAGGCAAACGGGCAGCAGCUUCACCACCGUGAUGGCUCGGCUGGGGGGCAUCAUAGCCCCCCUGGUGUUGAUGGCCGGGGACUACCAACCUUUCCUGCCCCUGGUGCUAUUUGGGGUGAUGCCCAUCGUUUCCGGUGUUUCUGCGGUCUUCCUCCCUGAAAUGUUUGAUGUCCCUCUGCUGGACACAGUGGAAGAGGUUGAAGAGAGAGCUAGAUGGAAAUCCAAAGCCAUCCUGGCCGAGGCACCAGAAAAGAGCUCGGCGCCUCCCAUCAUCCAGUCGACCCGCCUUUGAGCUUCAACUCUGGCAUCUCCCACUGGCGUUUGCAGGGUCGUGAACCUGAGGCCAACCAUCUGCCAUUGGGCCCUUCCAGCAGGCUAGCCGGCUGCCAAGACUGCUACACAGCUACAUUUUUGGAAGGAAAAGCAACAGGGACAAGGUUGGCAUUUGCAACGGAGAACAUUCAUGGUCCAAGAUAUUCUUCUGGCACCUUGAAGCAAAUGGACUUUCCUAGUCUCUUGAAGGAAGUCAACUUGGCUUCUGUUUCUGGAUGGCAGUGACCCUGAGAUAGACAUUUUUUGGCCUUAGGGUUCUUCAAAACUAUGAUUUUGAUGCUGCCAGGUGUGUUCUGACACAGACAUUGCAGUGUGCGUGAUUAAGUGCGGGUCCUAAGACAUUCAACAAACUCCUCAUCUCUACUUUUGUCCUGGUUAGUGCUCCCUCUCAGUUGCUCCAACGGGAUUUUAGCAACCAGGGCUGUCCUCUGACCAUGCCUGGACAGAGGGAAGACUGGGAGAUGUAGUUUUCAAGAAACAGCAGAGAGGCUGGAACAGAAAAAAAAAAAAACCAGCAUUGUGCAAAGACAGAAAUGUGGGGUGAAUGGUUGAAGGUUUCUUAACAAGCUACGAGAUGUUGUGGGUGAAGAUACGGAAGGUCUCUUCCCAUCUUGCAGGGAGGGGUUCUCAAAUGCACAGGGAGCCCUCCGCCCAGCUUGUUUUCAGUGCUAUUUAUUGAUGCCAUUCUAGGCAAAUGUCAAUGAAUAAACAGAGUCUUGUGUUUUUUUCUACUAAA